AUGGGCAUUGACAAUCGAACUGGAGACAUUGAGCUCUCGACUGUCGCUGUGCCAAACGAGGAUCAACAAUCUCAAGAUCUUGAGAUAUCAAACGUUUUCGGUAGAGCCGAAGAUGGCGAGGUCUUUUCUCUGCCUCCGGCCGAUGGUGGAAAAGAUGCAUGGCUGUUUCUGGCUAGCUGUGUGAUAUUCGAGGCUGUCUCUUGGGGCAAUGGCUCGAGCGUUGCCGCAAUCGGUACUACAGCGACUGGUCUGCUAUAUGUGUCAGCCCCCUUCUGGUUUAUUGCCUUGAAGAUGAAUCCAAAAUACCGAAGGCCGAGUGUCUUUGUUGGCUUUGUCAUCAUGAUAGCCUCGCUAAUCGGUGCAUCUUUUGCAAAAUCGGUCAGCCAGCUCAUCGCAACCCAAGGUGUCAUGUACGCUGUCGGCGCCUCUAUGCACUACUACCCACUAUUCAUCUACCUGGAUGAGUGGUUCGUAUUGAGGCGUAACUUUGCCUUUGGGUGUAUUUGCGCAUCUUGCGGCGCUGGAGGUGUCAUCAUCCCUUUUGCUCUGGAUUGGGUGCUUCGAACAUAUGGUUUCCGCACUGCAUUGAGGACUUGGGCUGUCGUUGCCGUGAUACUCACUGUACCGGCGAUCUUCUUCAUGAAGCCCAGACUCCCGGUCAGGCACCACACUAACGUUGGACCCCAAAGAGUCGAGUUUGGAUACUUGAAGAGCAGAACAUUCUGGAUUUUGCAGAGCGCCAGCAUCAUCCAAGGACUGGGAUUCUUCUUGCCGAGCGUAUACUUGUCGUCUUUUGCACAAGCAGUCGGAUUUACAGCUGUGGACGGUACACUGGCCAUUGCCCUGAUCAACGGCGCACAAAUCGUCGGAGCCAUGUUUAUCGGAUACCUCGGCGAUCGAUGCCACGUCACAACCGGCAUACUGGUCUGCAGCAUCGGCAGCGUCGUCGCCGUCUUUGCCUUCUGGACCUUCGCCACCAUAAAACCCAUGCUUUUCGUCUUUGCCUUCCUCUACGGUGUCUAUGCAGGAGGCUACUCGACAACAUGGUCCGGUGUGGCAAAAACAGUACGCGAGAAUGGGUAUCCCGGCGCCGAGACUGGAAUGAUCAUUUCGCUGUUUAGCUGUGGUAAAGGAAUUGGUGCUGUAGUGUCUGGACCUAUGAGUGAAGCUAUUCUUGCGUCGGAUAGCUUUCGCUCGAAUGCGCCUUAUGCUUUUGGAACUGGAUAUGGUUCGUUGCUGGUGAUGACGGGAAUAACUGCGUUUGUUGGCGGGUCUGCUUGGUAUGCGAAGCAGUUUAAACUGAUUCACUAG